AUGGGUCGUCCUCGGCGAGCCGCUGCUGAAAAGCCACUGGGUCACUAUGCCCCCACCUCUGGCAUACGAAAGAACAACACCACGAGGCCUGCUGGCCCGACCCGGAAACCGCGCGGGAAGAAGGACCAGUCUGAGGGAAAUGCAAUGAGCAUUGAUACCGCUCCUGGUGGUCCCUCUCGGAAACAAGACAAAGGGAAAGGUCGGGCUGAGGGAGAUGAAAUGAGCCUAGAUAUGCCUCCUAUACCGAAUGAGGAGAUCGUCACCGACUCCUCUGGGGGAGACCCUGCUCCCAUCGCUGCUGGUGCCGAGGGAAUUGAACCUAUUCGUGAAAUUUUACCUGAGCCUUUGGAUACGGUCGCACUUCGAUUAGAUUUGAAAAAUUCCUAUGAAGGGAAAAUGCCGCCACGGGUACAGACAGAACGACCAGCACGGCAGAAAAGAUGGAAACGGCCCGCAACGAAUCCAAUCGAUUUCAUGGAGGAUUUGCCAAAAGGUUGGAAUGCCGAGGAACCCGAUCUUGAUCCUGAAGAUUUGGAAUCUCAGAUUGCAAGAUGCCAUGAGCGGAUCAGUGAUAAUAUCUUGGUCCAUCAGUUUAAAUUCAAGCUGGAGGAACUAUCGCGAGAGCAGAAAGAUCGCAAUGAAAUGAUGGCCCGGGAGGCGUCUGGCUUGAGUUGGCCUGUCGUCCAGCGCUUGAAAACCCUCGAUUCCAUGUCAAAAUGGCUUGACAGCAAAGAUGACGAGUACAAGCAGGCUCCAAAUGUGACAAGCCUCAUCGAAGCAUACAGAUCGGGCAAAUUGAAGUGGAACGAUGGUCUUGUUACCUACUGGUCUAAAGGCGUUCAACUCUCUCAGCCGAGGCCUUUCAAAUGGAAUGAAUAUAAUUUCAUCAGUGCUGAACAUCACGGCCAAAAAAGCUUUUGGGUAGAAGGGGUCCAGGGCCGCAGCACCAAAUGUUGCUAUGGUUAA